UAAAUUACACAUAUAAUAUUAAUUUAACAAGUCAUUGGAACCGAAUUGUUUGCUAUUUAAUUUAAAAACCAUGAAUUAAAAUCACACAAGGGAUCAUCUCAUACCCUGGCAGCAGCAAACUAAACAUUCAUAGAAUUGUGAAAAUACAAUCUUCGCUUAACUAAUUUUAAAAUGUGUAAUUUAACUGUAACUAUCUUAAUUUAAGCUAGUUUUUUUUAAUUGUUCACAGAAAUAAAAGAUCAACCACCACCUUACCAAGAAAAUGCAACGAAUCAAUUCGAAGAUGUACAGGAGACAUCGCAGUCACCAGUUACGGAUAACGCACCGAUGUGCGAAGUGCUAGACUUAUUAGCGAACUGCAACAUAACCUCAAAGUCCGAUGAAAAUUUGCAUUCUGACGAUUACGUUGAAAUCGAAGAAAUGGGUCUUUGGCACUCAUCGCCGCUGCAGCAACGGCACAAAUCCAAGAUCUCUCUAACAUGGGUGCUUAAAGACAACUUCGAAAACGUUAAAGUCAAACAAGAUGAUGUAAUAAAAAAUAAAUUAGGUUAUUUGGGUAAGAAUUGUAACCAAUUAAACGAAACCGAACGACUUGUUUCAAAGUAUAAGGGCCACGUAAAUCGAGUUGUUGGUCGUAACGAGAACUAUCAUAAUUUAAAGUUUAGAAGCGCCUGUGAGGAGUUCAAUGGUCAGGAAUCUUAUUCGGACACUAGUGUUGGCACUGAAGAGUAUGUGCGGAGGAAACACCGACAUCGACAUAGGAGAAAAAAACGGCAAAACGGAAAGUUCGGAUAUGACAUCAGAGAUUUGGACAGUUUCCUUAGUGCAGCAUCUAUAGAUCAUCCGGGGAACAUACCAGUAGUGAUAGCAUUCCCGACCACACUGUAUCAGACGCAAAAGGAUUGCCAGCAGGAGCUGACCCUGCCGCUGGGGACAGUCGUCAACGCGGUGUUCAAGAACCAGCAAUGGGUGUACGCACAAACUCCACACGGCCACGAGGGAUAUUUACUGUAUACAGCUUGUCUGCCGCUAGGAAUACUACCGAAUAGGACAUCAGUACAAAAGAAGACUCCUUGCUGGGAAAGCAGCACUGACAUCUAUCCGCGGCCGUGCGGCAACCUCACGGAUACGGAGAAGGAACAACUGCGCGGCCGCACGCGUUCCGAAACACGCAGUCGACCGCGCCUCGACAGAUCUAUAAAAUCUCAAACCUCCUGCGCAGAGAAAGACUUUGAUACGUUAUAUUUAAAAACUAAAUCUAUUUGUUCAAAUAUUGAUAAGAUUCAUGAUAAAGAGAAUGUGCAAAUUAAAAGUGUUGUGAGACGUCAAACUUUGUUAGUUGUGAAUUGUGAUUAUGGCGGGAAUGCAUUGAAUAAGACGUUAUCUGUGAACAAAGGCGACGUUGUGAUGUUGAUGCAAGGUGUAGGUGAAAGUGACGUUGAUUCAGAGUGGUUUUACGUAAAGAAAAAAGAUGGAAGUCAGGGUUUCAUACCUGCGGUUGUAGCUGGUCAUGGAUAUAUUUAA